AUGAAUCCUCAACCUCAAAAUGAAAAAGCUAUAAAUCAAAUAAACAUGAAACGGCAACAACAACAAAAUAAUCACCAGGGCCAAAAUAAUCAAAAUCAAAAUCAAAAUCAAAUACCAAUACCUUAUCAACCUGUACCGCCUCAUAUUUUUAAUAAUCCGAGUAUUUAUCAACAGUAUGCAGAGUCAAAUCCUCAAAACUAUUUUAGUCCAAAUCCAAAUCCAGUAUUUCAACAACACCAACCACAACAAUUUAAUCAUGUGCAACAACCGCAAGGCCAACCAUUACCUUCAUUACCACCAUCACAACCAAUAUUAUAUCCAUAUUCACAAGCUCCACCACAAAUGCAACCUCAACAAUUACCACCACAACAACAAAUUUCACCUGAAAAUAAUACAAAUUCGAAAAAACGACUGAAUAAUAGAGCAACAGCUACAUAUCCAAGAAAAAGAGCAUUAACAGCGUGUGAUACUUGUCGUUUGAAAAAGAUUAAAUGCGAUAACGAACGACCUAGAUGUGGAUCAUGUAUACGUAAUGGAAAUAUUAAUUGUCAUUAUCGAACAGAUGAGAAAGCAGCUUAUUCAAGUUAUGAUCCAGCAAGUUUGAACAUACUAGGAAAAUUGGAUAUUAUUUUGAAAGAUCUAAAGGAUAUAAAAGGUGGUAAAUCAAGUGAGUCUUCUAAUUUUGAUUUCGCUUAUUGUAUUUGGGAUCUGUCAAUUACGUCAAUAAUGAAGUGGAAAUCAUUCAUGGUUGAAUUUAAACAAUCGGAAGGCGAUAUAGAAGAUAAGACUCAGAAUUUGCUAAAUUGUUACGAGGUUGAUAAUUUAAGAAUAGACCCAGAUUAUUCUUUUUUGAAAAAGUUGAAAUUGUUCCAAGAGCUAGAGAAAUUACUCAGUGCCAAUUUUUCAACUUUUAUUAACUCAUUUUUUUUAAACUCCUACUCCAAGAUUCCUAUAUUUGAUACAUUUGAGUUUUUUGACAUGCUUGAAUUAUAUCAAAUUUUAACUUCCAAGAUUACUGAUUUAACAUUUAUAAAAUUACUUGAAUUAUAUAAAGACGAUAGUAUCCUACCAUCAAUAGUAGAAUCUAUCUACAAUAAAGAAAACAUAGAAAUCAACGAGUCAAUUAUUUACAAAUUUUCAAAUUUAAUACAUUCCAUUCCUUUAAUUUUAAUAGUUUGUGCAGUGGGAAUAUCUUCUACUCCCAUUCAACUUGAAAAUCUAACAGGUUUUAAAUCAUCAAUUGAAGAAUCAAAUGCAAUCUCCAUAGGAUGUCUAAAACUGGACAAAUUAAGUGAACUAGGUCUACCACAAAGUCGAAAAGCAAUAUCUUUUUUACUUUACGAAUAUAUUGAGAUCUUAUGUAAAUUUUUUCCCAAGACUUUAGUUUCAAACAGUAUAGUAUCCACACAGUAUCAUAUUUUAACCAGUCAAUUAUAUUUACAACAUUGUUCACCAUUAUUAGCAUUUCGUGAAAUUGUAAUCGCAUCACAAAAUAUAAUGUACUACCUUCGAAAGAAAUCACCAAGAAUAGAAGUUCUUGAUCGUUUAUUUUGGACGUGUUUGAAAUUAGAAUGUGAAUUAUUAACUGAAUUGAGUCCGUUUGGAUGUGUAUCAGGAAUAACUCAAAUUGAACCACCAAUCUCAUUUCCCAAAAUUCCAGAAUCUACAAAAAGAAAUUACAGUGAAUCUGUACUUAAUUUGGCAAGUAGAUAUGAUGACGAAUAUACUUGGUAUUACUUUCUUACUGAGAUAGCAAUUAGAAAAAUUGAUAAUAAGAUGUUUGAUGAGAUGUUUUCGUUAGAUUCACAAUUGAAAAAAUUAUGGGAUCAAGAAUCGUUUAGUUCUGAAAUAAUAUGGCAUAAUUUUAUCAAAUAUUUGAAUCAAUAUAACGGGAUUAUAAAUUCAUUAUCACCUGAAAUUAGAAAUUUUGUACUAGAGGAAACAGAUGUUGAUUUGAUAUAUAGACGAAUUAAAGAGAAAUUUGACAAGAAGAAUAACAUAAAAGAAGAGUUUUCUAUGUUCCUUGAUGAUUUUUUGAUUGAUGAUGAUUUAUUAAUUAAGACCCAAUCACAAAGUAUAAUGUUUAUUAAAACAAGAGUGCUCUCUUCAAAGUUAUUACUAUUUAGACCAAUAGUAUAUUUAUUCUUAGAAGAUAAAAUCAAAAUUGAAGAUAUCUUGGAAGCUAUAAAUUCCAUAUUUGAAUCUACAAAUUCCACAGCUACGAAUUCCAAUACUUCACAUUUAGGUACUCCAAAUUCAUUUAAUUCAAUUAAUUUAUCUUCCAGUUCAGAUAAUUUUGAAUUUGAUAUGGACUAUUAUAAUUUAAUUAAUGCUCCUUUAUUUUAUCAAAAACAAUUUCCAAAUGAAGAUUUUUCAAAUUUGAUUGAAUAUGAGAAUGAAAAUGAUAAAUCAACAAACAAUUUCAAAAUUAAAGAUCUAGCAGAAGUGAAGAAGAAAGUAAUUAAGAUUUUCAUUCAAAAUGUUAUAAGUUUACCUAAAUUGAAUAUUCCUAAAUUGGCAGCGUAUAGACAUCCUGGAUCUUGGUAUUAUUUAAGAAACUUAUUUAUUGGAAACAUAUAUCAAUAUUUACUAUACAAGAAGAUUGAAAGUAUGUUGAAAUUAAGUAAUGUAAGUGCUGAAGUUGAGAAGAUGAUGAGUAUGGUUAUUGAUAAACAGAGUUUAAUUGUUGGAUUUGAACAUUCCAUUUUAGUUUAUGAAUAUUGGAAAGACGAGUCUAAAGAUUGUGCAAUUUAUCAAGAUUAUAUCAAGAAGAUGAUUGCCAGUUUGUAA